GUACUAAAAAUAAAUUAAACGUAUUUAAUUUAUAGCUAACCAAAAUAAAUCUGUGUGACCCACUGUGCUAAAUUCAAUCGGUAAUCAGUGUAACGGCUUGUGUCUACGAUAUUUUACCGAACUUAUCGAUGCAUCGACUGCGUCAUCGGUAACUCCCGCGAUGCCCACGGUUGCAAUCGAAGUUUUGGCGCACGCGAAGCGCUGUGUGUUCUUGGAAAUUGUUAAAUUUAAUUUAGCGCCACUGAAUUGGACCGCACAAUGAAGCUGAGCACGGAUGCGCACUCCGAGAUCGAGGGCGAUGCUGCCCAUGGAAAUGUAAUGUGCAAUUCCGCCUCCGAUCCCCAGGCCACCGAUGCGGGAAUCGACGAGUCGUUGGCUACAGAAGGAGACGAUGGUGAAGUCCCAACGCCAAAGGACGCCGGGAACAGUACUCCCGUUAGACGACCGGUGAAAGUCAAUCCCGGCCAGAGCGCGGUCGUGGCGAUGGCAGGGGAGGAGUCCGAGGUGGAAAACCAGCAGCGGCAGACGCCAACACCCAAACAGCAGCGUCUGACCAUGGUGAACCGUAAACGCGAUCUUAUCAACUUGCAAUCGGCCCUGAGCCCCAAAUACAUUGGUUACGCCAAUGCCAACUCGCCCACGCCGCUUUCCGACUCCGACGACACGAUACGCACAACGAGGCGACGCGUUACCCAAGUGGCGUCCCUAAAUAACAGUAGCAGUACCUGCGAGACCCUGUCCCGCGACAAUGCAUCGCCCAGGUCCACCGGGGGAGGAGGAGGAGGAGGCAGUGGCGCCCAGUUGCUCGGCAGCAAGGCAUACAUGAGUCCGAUUGAGAAGCUGCUGAUCAAAAACGGCGCCAGUUCGCCCAACACCACGGGCUUUGAGGCGGAUUCGGAAGACCUGGCCAUUCGACCAACCGUUCGCAAGCAGCGCAAAAUGAAGCGUAUGUCAAAGUCAAAAGUGUCCAUAGACCUGGAAACAGAGACCCUGGAAGAGGAAUUGUGUAUUAAAAUAGAGCCAAGCGAUGGGGAGGUCCCCAUGUCAGAAGAAUCCUCAAAACCAGAUACUGAAACUUCGACGAUCUCCAUCAAAUCCGAGACUGAGGCUGAGCAUGAAACGGCCAUAGAGGUUCCUAUAAAGCAAGAGGAUACUACCAGCUUAGAUAUAGAUAACAAACCAGAAGAAACCAAUACCCGAGUUCCCAGUGAAGAGCCAAGGGACGUGGACAAAAGACCUGAAGAACUGACAUUCGCUCUCCCAUUUGCCGCCUCCACAGAGGUCGACUUGAAAUCGCCCCCCGACUUGAGCUCCACUGCGCUUGCCACGACAAUCAAAUCCCCCUCCUCCGUGAGCAUUGAUAGCGCCAAAGGCCUGUCCAUAGUCACUGAUCCCGGUUGGCCAACUUAUCAAGUGGGUGAUCUGUUUUGGGGCAAGGUCUUCUCGUACUGCUUUUGGCCCUGCAUGGUUUGUCCUGAUCCGAUUGGCCAGAUUGUGGGCAACAUGCCAAGUCAUCCGCAGCGCUUAUCCCUGGACAACGCCACGGUGCCCAUCCAGGUGCAUGUGCGCUUCUUUGCGGACAACGGACGUCGCAACUGGAUCAAGCCGGAGAAUCUGUUGACCUUCGCCGGGCUCAAGGCCUUUGAGGAGCAGCGCGAGGAAGUGCGAAUCAAGAACGGACCAAAGAGCGCAAAGUACCGACAGAUGAUGCCCAAGCGGACGAAGGUGGUCAUCUGGCGGCAAGCCAUCGAUGAGGCCCAGCUUAUGUCCCAGGUCCCGUACUCCGAUCGUCUCGAAAAAUUCUACCAGAUCUACGAGAGUGUGGUAACACUGAAUAAACAGAAGCGCAACCGAACCAAAUCUAUGAUGCAGGACACAUCGGACGUGGGCAGCAGUCUGUACGAUUCCACGGAUAACCUCCAUAACAAACCAGUCACGCAGUUGGUGGCCGUGAAGCGGGAGCGCUCCGAGUCGCCUUUCAGCCCUGCUUUCUCGCCCCUAAAGAGCAAAAACGAUAAGCGGUCCAAGCGUCGCAAACUAAGCGGUGGCAACGAAGCGGAUACUGGCAGCACCACCAUGGCAGUGACACCUUCUCAGACCGAAACCAGCAUGGAGAAGAACCUUACACCAGAGUCCUCCAUCUAUGAAAAUCCCGAGUUUGGUCAACUGUUCGAUGCCGUCAAGGAAUACGUGAUGGUGCACCGUUCCGAGGAAAAAGUGGAAAAGGUUCUGCUCGCCGUGGUCAGCAAUAUCUGGUCCCUGAAGCAGAUCCAGUUACGCGAGCUUGAACGUGACUUUGCCAGCGGCGAGAUGGACCAACCAUUGGGUUCAUCGGUGGUGGGACGGAGCAACGGAGUGGGCACAAUCAAACGGCUCUCUAAUCGUCUCAAAAGCAUGAUGGUGCGCCGCAGCAUGACCCCUGUGGUGACACCCAGUUCAACGCCGGUACCUCCGGAACCGGAUCGUCGCCUGACUGAGGCGCCCAAACCCAAAAAGCCCGUCAACCGGCCCAUCGAGGAGGUGGUCGAAGAUAUCUUGCAGCUGGACAGCAAGUACCUUUUUCGCGGGCUCAACCGCGAGCCGGUGUGCAAAUACUGCUACCAGGCGGGCUCCGAUCUGGUGCGCUGUUCGCGCAGUUGCUCCAGCUGGCUGCAUGCCGACUGCCUGGAACGAAAGGAGACAGGAGCUCCGAUGCCCAAGAUUGGCAGCAGAAAGGCCACCGUCGUCUCGCCCACAUCGAAGUCGCCCAGUCCCGAUGAUGACCAUGUAACAGCCGAUGUCAAGGUGGUUGCCACUGGGGGCACUCCACUCGUUUGCCACGAGUGCAGCAUUGGCGAACCGGAGGGCUGUGUUAUUUGCCACCAAAUUGAAUCACCAGCAAGUGCUCUACCAAGCACACCAACCAAGGAGGACGAACCACCACAGACCCUAACCGAAGAUAAACUCUUGACAUGUAGCCAGCCUCUGUGUGGCAAGAGGUUCCACACGAGCUGCUGCAAGUAUUGGCCGCAGGCGAACAGCAGUAAACUCUCUGCCCGUUGCCCACGGCACGUGUGCCACACAUGCGUCUCGGACGAUCCCAGCGGAAAGUUCCAGCAGCUGGGCAGCUCCAAACUGGCCAAGUGUGUUCGCUGUCCGGCCACCUAUCACCAGGACUCUCACUGCAUUCCAGCCGGCACACAGAUGUUAAAUGCCACCCAUAUCAUAUGUCCGCGACACAACAUCGCCAAGGCGGAUGCACAUGUCAAUGUGUUGUGGUGCUACAUCUGCGUGAAGGGCGGCGAACUGGUCUGUUGCGAAACGUGCCCUAUUGCUGUUCACGCCCACUGCCGGAAUAUUCCAAUUAAGAAGAACGAGAGCUACAUCUGCGAGGAGUGCGAGAGCGGACGACUGCCGCUGUACGGCGAAAUCGUGUGGGCUAAGUUCAACAACUUCCGCUGGUGGCCGGCCAUCAUCCUGCCGCCCACUGAAAUACCCAGCAAUAUUUUAAAGAAAGCCCAUGGAGAAAAUGAUUUUGUAGUACGAUUCUUUGGCACCCACGAUCAUGGCUGGAUUUCCCGGCGUCGCGUUUACCUCUACAUCGAGGGGGAUACGGGAGAUAGCCAUAAGACCAAGUCGCAGCUGUUCCGGAACUACACUACCGGUGUGGAGGAAGCGUCGCGCUUCCUGAAAAUAAUCAAAGCCCGACGUCAGGAACAGGCCAUUGGCCGGCAAAGCGGCAAUAAGCUCCAUCCGCCGCCAUAUGUGAAAAUCAAGACCAACAAGGCGGUUCCACCCGUUCGUUUCUCCCAGAAUCUCGAGGAUUUGAGUGCUUGUUACUGCCAGCCGAGCGACGAGCAUCCCUGCGGGCAGGAAUCAGGCUGCCUAAAUCGCAUGCUUUUCAAUGAAUGCAAUCCUGAGUACUGCAAGGCUGGCAAUCGUUGCGAAAAUCAAAUGUUUGAGUCGCGCAAGUCGCCACGCAUGGAAGUGGUUUACAUGAACGAGCGGGGAUUCGGACUCGUCAACCGCGAGCCCAUUGCCCAGGGUGAUUUUGUCAUCGAGUAUGUGGGCGAGGUGAUCAACCAUGCCGAGUUUCAGCAGCGCAUGGUGCAGAAGCAGCGGGAUCGGGAUGAGAACUAUUACUUUUUGGGCGUGGAAAAGGACUUUAUUAUCGAUGCAGGACCGAAGGGCAACUUAGCUCGCUUCAUGAACCAUUCCUGCGAUCCCAACUGCGAGACCCAAAAGUGGACCGUAAACUGCAUCCAUCGAGUGGGUUUGUUUGCCAUCAAGGACAUUCCAGCGAACACGGAGCUCACCUUUAACUACUUGUGGGAUGAUCUAAUGAACAACAGCAAGAAGGUCUGUUUCUGUGGAGCAACUCGGUGUUCCGGUGAGAUCGGUGGCAAGCUCAAAGAUGGCACAGCAAAGGACACGAAUGUGCCGUCGACAAGCAAGGGAAAGAGCGGCAGUGCCAAGGUGAAACAGCUCCGCCGGGGGAAGGCCACCACCGUUCGUAUUCAUGUUGCGGCUGCCAAGAAGGUUAAAAAGGCUCCAAAAGUUAAACAUAUUAGUGCCGACGACGAGCCAAUUGAAGUUAAGAAAGAGCAAUGAAUGCCAAUUAGUUAAAAGCAAUAUUCGCUUAAACACAAUCAUUCUAUUUUUUUAAACAUUAUAUUGUUGUAUUUUGGAUUCUUAUUUAUAACUUGUACCACAUGUAUUUAUUUCCUAGUUAGAACUAUAUUUAGUAGACCAAGAUAUUUCUCCCCAGAUCGAUGGUGUGAAAAUAAAGUGAAAAGAUUGUAAGAUUGUAAGCUGUUCUAUUUACCUAUAUUAUAAAAUUAUAAACUUUAAUUAAUCAGUUCAGUAUAGAUGAUAUAUUGUAUUGUUUUCGUUUGUCUUGCCGCCCUCAGGCGGCACAUAGUAAAUGUUUUUAAAUUAUACAUUAGAAAUUUGUUCAUAUUUCACUGUUUGUCGCUUAGUUACAGUAAAGCUAGCACUUUGGCAUAUAUAAACUCGUAUGACUAUAAAACUAGACAUAUCUAAGUCUAAGUAAUAGGAGUACACACUUUAAACUUAAGUGGAUAUGCACUACUAUACACGGAUAAAAAAAGAGUGGUGCCAAAAAUAAAGCGAGCUCCAUUAUAGGUUAGGGCGUUACAUUAAA